GAGAUUUUCCAACCCACUGAUAUCAGCAAUCUAUAAUGUGCCAUCAGAGGGGAACUCUUGCUUUGAAAAGAUCGACAAUGGCACAUCCAUCACAAUGUUAUUCUAUUCUAUUGGCCGGCCUGGACAGUGUUGUGUUUGUUUACGCUAGGACCCGCUUGGCCUUCCAAAAGUAGUCCUAGUAUUGUGUUGUUGAGUGUCAAGUUUCAGUGAUAAGGUCAACAAUGUGAGUGCGUUCGCUGAAUGCACGCCGAGAAAUAUGAGCAAAGAGAGAAAUCACAAGAUGAUACCAAAUGAGGAGCACUCUAGCUUGAACUGUUGACCAGCUGAAUGCCGAACUGGUUUAUGCUUGUUUUGGUAAUAGAAAAUAGCAAACAUGGAUUCAAGUUCCAGUUCUACCAGACAAACAUGUGUCUUGGAUAACACAGAGAGCACUAAUGGAGAAUGUUGUUUUCAGUGUGUAGUGUGCCAGAAAAAAAUCGACAAUAUUGACAUGUUGGAUAGCCAUGUCAAGGAACAUCCUGUGAGCAAAGUUUUUCAAUGUUUUAUUUGCAAUGAUGGCUUUGACAAUACUGCGGAGCUGUUAUGUCAUCUUGGGGUACAUGACUUACCCAGGCCUUUCAAGUGUGGAUUGUGUAAUGAGAGUUUUUAUGACCAGAAAAUGCUGUCCGACCACCUGUUAAGUAGUCAUCGACCUCCUUCACUAUUGUUCAAAUGCGGACUUUGUAUGUUGUCUUUUUACGAGAUUUCAGGUUUAAACCAGCAUGUGUCUGAAACUCAUUCUGAAGAAACCAAAAGAUUCCAAUGUUCGUAUUGCAGUAAAAAGUUUAGUGAAAUUUCAGCUUUAAAAAAUCAUACUCCUUGUGAAUGUAAGCCAUCUUGUCUUCUAACUGAAAGUUCGCCUGUAGAUCAUAUUUCUGAAGAAAAUGAACUUUUGAACAGAGAUGAAGUUGAGAGUGAUGAAGAUCAUGUGAAACAAAUUUCUCUAUCAAAAUCUAAAAGCUUAAAAAGGCGAAAGGGAUUAAAAGAGAUUCAUGCAAGAAACUUCGAGAAAAAGUCUGGAAGUGUGCUGAGAAAAAGGGUGGAGAAAUUGCAGAAGCAUGCAAGAGCUAUCCUUUCCAGUUCCUCGACAAAAACUGAAACAAAAUUGAAAAACAAACAAAAUAGUCUAUUGACGCCCUCAAAGACUUCUCACAGUUUAUGCGGUUACUACUCUGUUGAGUGUGGUAAAUGUCACAAAGUUUUUGAUUGUGAAGAUCUUCUGAAAAGGCACUUCAAUGAAGGCGACUGUGAAGGUUACAGGUGUAAUUUGUGCUCCAAAACAUACCAUUUAGAGUUAUUACUUUUAAAACAUGUAGCAGAACAUAUGGUCACAUCCGGCCAGACGUCAUUUAACUGUUUGUAUUGUCCAAAAACAUUUGACACGUCCGACAGAUUCAUCUGCCAUGCUGCGCUUCAUAACUGUGGAUCUGUGUUUACUUGCAAACUUUGUGGGAAGAAUUAUGCCCAGUCAGAAUAUGUGCUAAAUCAUUUAAGACGUAUGCAUAGAAAUGUUGUCAGUAGGAAGACUGUACUACCCAGUUGUGCUGAUUUGGAGAAGGAUGUGGAUCAUACUGCUGAACAGGAUAGGAUGGAUGCGCCCAUCUUGUCGGAUGCCACAGGUAUAAAGUAUAGUUAUGAUUGCAGUGAAUGCAGUGAGAAUUUUUCCAGCAACAGCAGUCUUGUACUACAUGAAUAUCAAAGUCAUGGACGCGAAGUGUACCAUAUUGACUGUACUAAGUGUUGUGUUUCAUUUCAGUCAAUUGAGCUUCUUUUCAAACAUUUUAAAGAUACAAUGUGUGACGGAUUUAAGUGUACAGUGUGUCACCAGUCAUUUGAGAUGGAAUUGUCUUGCCUAAGGCAUGAAACAACUCAUCAAAUAGAAAUGACAAAAAAGAAAAAUUUUACUUGCAAGUAUUGUAAACGCGUUUUCAAAUCACCCCAUCAAUUUACAAAACACUCUGAGAUUCAUUCUGAGAGCAAGCCUUUUGUGUGCAAAAUCUGUCUCGCUCGAUUUAUAAAUUCUGACAAUCUUUUCAGUCAUAUAAAAUCUAUGCACCAUCUGAAUAUUGAUCGCCUGUCUGUGGCUCUGAAUACAGCGUUACAACCUCUGUCUCAUGAACAUGUUGAGCUCAAGACAGAGAAAGUGAACACAGAAGUCAUACCUUCAGAGACAGAUGAGUCAUGGGAGAGUGCUGAUGGUUUCAAUGUGCCUGAAGGUGAACGUACUUGCAAAAGCUGUGGCAAAGUUUUUCACACGCUGCAUGGUUUGGCUUGCCAUAGGAACUGGAACGGUAUGGAGUGUCUUUAUACUGUAGACUGUGAUAAAUGCAAAGCAUCAUUUGAUUCCCUAAAUCUCCUCUCCCUGCAUAUGCGUACUGGGUGUGAGGCCUACAAGUGUUUGGUUUGCUCUCAGGCUUUUGAGCUGGAGUCCUCAUACCUGAGACAUGUUGCAAAACAUGAAGCAGAUGUAGCAAAACAAACUUCAAGCAACGAGUCCCAAAUAUUUAGCUGUGGAAAGUGUGCAAAGAGUUUCAAGUCUGUGUCCCAGUAUGCUAGACAUGCCCGCACUCAUGCUACAAGCACACCGUUUCGCUGCAAGGUUUGCUCUCAGCGAUUUCUCUACAUUGAACUGGUACACAAACAUGUCAAAGGAAGACACGGAGUGAAUAUCAGUUCUUGUCCAGGUAUUUUACAGAAGCGAAAAAAGCCACCCUCUCAAAAUAGAGAUCAUUAUCAAUAUUCUGUUUUCUGUCAUGAAUGCAAAGAAUGCUUUGAUAAUAUACAGGCUCUAAAGGAGCAUGUGAGGAUGAGUACUUGCUUUGGGUAUGAUUGUGAAUUGUGUGGGCAGUCGUACGCCAUUCAGUCGGAUCUGAUUCACCAUGAAAUAGAGGAACAUUUGAGUAGAACUGAUGGAAAACUUCAGUGUUGGAAAUGCCUGGAGGAAGUCAACUCUCUUUCUGACUAUAUGCAACAUGCAGGGAUGCAUGCAGAGUUCCAGUCUUUUAAGUGUGAUUUGUGUGGAGAAAGAUUUGUGUGUCUGGAUCUUUUGGAAAUUCACAUGUCACAGUCUCAUCAGGGUCAGCCGGAAGUGUCAACCGAAUCAAAUUCUGUAUCAACUUUCAGUUGUAAGGUUUGCCAUCGUACAUUCAAGAGCAUUGGGUCCUUGAAAGCUCAUGAGUCAAGUUCAAAGCACAGACAAGUCCAGUGUACAACGUGUCAACAACAUUUUCUGUGCAACAAAGAUUUGCAACUUCACCUGCAGGUUGUGCACCAAGAGUCCAUAAGUCACCAUUGUAAAGUUUGUGGAAAAACGUUUGCAUAUCUGAAUAACUUGCGUAGACACGAACGUAUCCACACUGGGAAAAAACCGUACCAGUGUCAAUUCUGUGCUAAGAUGUUUUCUGGCAUGGAUCUUAUCAAAUCACACCUCCGCACUCACAGCUCUGAGAAGCCUUUCAAAUGUCACAUUUGUAAUUAUGCCUGCAAGCACAAGCACUACUUGAAGAGACACAUCUUAACUCAUGACACAAGUGUCGGUCGAGAUCACAUUUGCCCCACUUGCGGUAAAGGUUUCAGAACGAGGCACACUCUGGUGCAGCAUUGCAAGCUGCAUGGGAAGAAGACUUUUGAAUGCAAUGUGUGUAGUGCUUCCUUUGGUAGGAAAGACUACCUUGAGAUACAUAUGAGAAUUCAUACGUUGGACAAGCCUUACUCAUGUCCUGUGUGCUCUCAGAGUUUUGCAGUGUCCAGCAACAUGAACUCCCAUAUGCGAAGAAUCCACCCUGACUACUUCAUAGCAACAAGAAUGCAGAAGUCUCUGGCUAAAACAAGGGAACCAGUACACGUUCUGUCAUCAGCUGAGGUCUCAAAGUUUCAGGUGCUGACAGGGGAAUCUUCUGAGAUAUCUGGUCUCCUGAUCAGUGAACAGAUUGCUAAGGCAUAAUGGACGUACUUGUGUUUGGUGAUACAAUAAGCUGUUAUCUGAGAGAGAGAGAGAGAGAGAGAGAGAGAGAGAGAGAGAGAGAGAGAGAGAGAGAGAGAGAGAGAGAG